AUGUGUGUUCUGUCUGGAGUUUAUUGCUGGUGUGUUGUCAGCCCGUUACCAAUUCAGUUGAGGCCAGACGAGAUCGCCCAGUUCACCUGCCUCUCUCUCUCUCCAGGAGUGGGGAUCCACGUGACCGCUAGUCCUCUACCUCAGAGCCCUGAGCUGUUCGUGACCACCCUUUUCAGCAUCCUCACUGCUCCCCCCAAAUGGGCUCCCUGCGUGGAGCUCAACUUGCUGUGGGUUUACUGCCACUCCUGGCUCACAUCUCCCACCUGUCGUAUUAAAUGGUAUUUUGCUCAUCUCAUCCAUAAUCAUGACGUGGACGAAAAGCCUUGGGACAUGGGAGAGACUUGA